GACAGCCGAGCGCGUCGGGCAAACCGCUCCCCGCGCCUCGCUCGGCCACGACGCGUCCCGUUACACGUCCUCCGUACUUCGUAUAACUCCGUCGCGUGUGCACUAUGACACUAGUGAGCUAGCGGGCCCUGGUGUUGCCUUCUAUAUCCUCGAGUGUAUGUGUGACCGUGCUUGUGUGGUGUGUUAGCUUGGGCCCGUGACAAGAAAACAUUCGUGGUGGCCAGCGGAGCCUUGCUACCGGGCUCGGGCCGAGCUUACAUGGCUCAGCCUAGGUACGACGAAAGCCUCCACGGCGGAGGCUACAUGGAGGGCGGUGCGAUGUACCACGAGCACCGGCUGUCGCACCCCCACAUUCCCCCCGUGCACUACCCGCCGCCACCGGCUGCGCCCGCGCACGCAUUGCCCGGCGAGCCACUCGUGCACAAGCGCGACAAGGACGCCAUUUACGGACACCCCCUAUUUCCCCUAUUGGCGCUAAUAUUUGAGAAGUGUGAGUUGGCCACGUGUACCCCCCGGGACCCCGGAGUGGCGGGAGGGGAUGUCUGUUCAUCAGAGUCAUUCAAUGAAGAUAUCGCGGUGUUUAGCAAACAGAUACGUCAAGAAAAACCCUACUACAUAGCGGAUCCGGAGGUCGAUUCAUUAAUGGUGCAAGCAAUACAAGUACUUCGGUUUCAUCUAUUAGAAUUAGAAAAAGUGCACGAGCUAUGUGACAACUUCUGCCAUCGCUACAUCAGCUGCCUGAAGGGCAAGAUGCCCAUCGAUCUGGUGAUUGACGAGCGGGAGUCUGCGCGGCCUCCGGACUCCAAUGGCGAGCCUCGCUCCGCGCCGGACAGCAGCCAUGAUGGCGCCUCCACGCCCGACGUCAGACCACCUUCAUCAUCGCUGUCAUACGGAGCGGUGAACGACGACGUGCGCUCACCCGGCUCCGGCGGAACCCCCGGUCCCCUCAGUCAGCCCCCGCCGCAGACCUUAGACGCGACAGAUCCAGAUGCAAUGGGCAAAUGGUGUCCGUCGCGGAGAGAGUGGUCUUCACCUCCCGACGUGGCGCGGAGAGUCUACUCCUCCGUGUUUCUAGGCAGCCCCGGUGAGUAUCCAGGGGACGCUAGUAACGCGAGUAUCGGUUCAGGAGAAGGCACGGGAGAAGAGGAUGACGACACAAACGGCAAGAAGAAUCAGAAGAAGAGAGGGAUCUUCCCGAAGGUCGCCACCAACAUCCUGAGGGCGUGGCUGUUUCAACAUUUGACGGUGAGUCAUCAUCCGUACCCUUCGGAAGACCAGAAAAAGCAAUUAGCACAAGAUACAGGGUUAACGAUACUACAAGUAAAUAAUUGGUUCAUAAAUGCGCGGCGUAGGAUAGUUCAACCAAUGAUAGACCAGUCUAAUAGAGCAGUGUUCUAUCCCGCAGUAUUUCCUCACGCGGGGCCCAGCGGCGCGUACAGCCCCGAGGCCACGAUGGGCUACAUGAUGGAUGGCCAGCAGAUGAUGCACAGGCCGCCCACGGACCCUGCCUUCCACCAGGGAUACGCGCACUACCCCGCGGAGUACUACGGCCACCAUCUUUAAUCCAACCUGUAUAUAUAAAUACGCACACAUAGUUCAGCCUCAAUUAGAUUACGUGUGCAAAUAAAGGCCGCUACCCACUACACCGCGCGAAUUCGCGCGACUUCGCGCUUCUACACGCGACACGGCGCGUACCGCGGGUGAAUGGCACGUACGAACAAAGGAGAACGAUGCUAUGUACAUAAAUCUAUACGUUUGUAAUAUUUGAAACAGUAUACGAUCUCCUAAAUUAAGAUUUAAAGUCAACUUUAAUGUUUAAAUUAAUGUAAAUGAACGCGAAGUGUGGACGCUGUAUUAUACUGGUGCAAUCACCUAUUAUAAAUAUAAACGGUUUUAUCACUCGAAACUUUAGGAGCAAAGUUUAUGUAACAACAGGACGUUUGAUAGUUAACGUAUAAAUAUUUAUAGCGAAAUGUGUAUUGUUAUAACGUUAAUAUAAAUAAUUAAAUAGUUUUAAGUUGUAACUAUCAGUGGAAGGGCACGAGGAAGAAACGGGACUAUUAUAAAAUGUACGUAGUUUAGAUAUGAUUUUGUUAUGCAAGGACUGGCUCGUGAAGGUUUAUAAGGUUGGCAACACAUUGUUAGAGCUGAUGUCAUGGGCGGAGUUUGUCUCUUACCCAGCGACUGCCUAGCUCUGUUGUCUUCCUCACAAAUAAGAUUACUAAAAACUUAAAUUGCGUCAAUUUGGUAAAAUUACUUUCGAUGUAAGUACUGUUUAGCUUCAAAUGCAUUCUGGUGACUACUAGGGAACUGGAAUAUUAGAAUAUUCAGUAAAAUAAUGUGAUUUAUCACCGUGUGACAAAGACCAAAUCACUGAUUUCAUUUACCGAAAUUUCACCAAUCGCAUUCUACCCUUAUCAUAUGCCAAUCCUUCACUUGGGAAAGAAUUAUUUUUCAGAUAUCUUUAAUACCUCUCCUCUGUUACCUAAUUAAUUAUGUUGUAUUUGUCAAGCUCAAUUAAUAAUUCUAAUUGAAUGUCGAACUUAUUUUCUGUAUUGUAAAUCGCAAUUUGCUUUACAGGUGACAUUAUACAUAUCUUUGAAUUAUUAGUUAAAUAGCUAUUUAUACCUAGAGACAUCUUUGGAUUAAUAAUAUGCGGGGUAUCGAUCCUGCUAGACUUUCUAACGAACUAUAAUAACUAUUGUAAAAUCAAUCCCGUAUAAUUAUUACUCUAUAAGAAUAACAUAGAUUCACCUUGCCUUGGUGUUCAGUAAUAUAGCACAAUUUGUAACCCAUGUAUACGAAAUAAAAUAAAAUAAUAUUUUACACUGUUGAAACGAUGAGAUUUUUAGCUAUAUUUUUGUCUUCAUUAAUGAAGUGAAUCGCCUUGAGACGUAGUGUAAAACGUUAGUCAGGAAUUUAUAUGUUUAUUCUAGUAUCAAAAUCUUGUGAGAUUAUUGAUAUUUUGAAACGAUAUGAAGCUGUGUCUAGACUUGUGGUGUACUGUAUUGCAAAACGUUAAAAAAAACGUAAAACCAUAUGUAAUUCAAGGAUAAGCUUAUCUAUUUCUUUGUUGUCUGUAUUUAUUAGCAAUAUCCACGACUGAGCUAUAAAUCUCUGUUUAAUUUAAAUUAAAUAUUUAUAUAAUUAGAAUCUUAAGUGUCAAUGUUUUACUAAAUUUGAACGUAGCUAUUAGAUAUGUUAUAAAGGGUCUAAAACAGAUAGCAAAUAAGAAUGUUAAAAGAAUAUUACAAAAGUUUUGCAACGCAUAGCAUCACACAUCUAGACAUAGCAUAAUCAGACUUCAUGCUAUAUAUAAUAUAAGUAUACUAUUGGGAUGACCACGGUAUGAAUGAUACGAUAACUCUUGGUAAUUUAUUACCAGCCUUAUACCUUGUAUACGAUUCGGAGCUUUUAAAUCAAGGAAUAUUUGAUCCUUGCGCAGUUUUUGAUAGCUAUAGUUAUCCGGAAACUAGCUUUACACUUACUUAUGUUUGCGAUGUGGUUGCUUAUUCUUAGAGUUUGAAUGAAUUAACUGAAUUAUUCGAAUAAAAAGAGAUAUUCCAGAUUAUUAUGGGUUGACUUUUGUGCCAUUCUUUAAUCGUUAUUUAGAUAUACUGUCAAUACAGAAUAAAUGGAUUAAAACGCCUUGGAUUAGAGAAUUGUUUUAACAGUUACAGUAGGCCUUCACAAAUUUUCAAUCAAUGCCUUAAUUGGUAACUGUUAUUGAACUUAUAAAAACAUUUUUUUUUUUUCAAUUUAACAAGUAUGUGCUUCUCUUAAAAUACUGAUAUUGAAUGAUAAAUUAGUAAUAAAAUCUCUUGUCUUUUUUUAUUAAAACCCAAAAAACUUGUUAAAAUCCUUUUACAGACACACAAAUCUCUGAAUGUGCAAAGCAAUCACGUCGCUAGAAAUACAAUAUAUUUGUUAUUAUUUGUAAAUAUUAUAUUAAUGUAUUGUAUAAACAGUUUUGUUUCCAGUGAAAAUUUUCAGUAUUAAGCCCAGUUUUGGUUCGGUCAAUACGAAAUUUUGUCCCAAAAACAAUUUUGUUACUUUUUAUUGUUAAAUCGACGCGUGUAAUAUAUUUUAUUAAGAGAAUUCUUAAAUGUAGUUAUUAGUGUAAUGUACUAAAGAUGCUUGCCCACUUUAGCGUACAUAUUAUAAUAGAUUAUAGUAACUGACUGGAUUAUGGGCCACUGUCACUGUAGAGAAUUUAUUUAAAAGAUUUGUCUACACAUUUCCAAGUAAAUCUGUACUAUAUACAAUUUAACAGGUAAUUCUGUCUUUCUUUCCAAUUUUAAACUGCUGAUACGGUUUAGCAUUUUUGCUAUUGGUCAAUUAAAUUAAUGUGAUUAUUUCUUAAAUUCAGUAGCUAAAUAUUUUUAAUAACUUUUUUUUAUAUAUUAUUUGGCGUUUGGUCGUCGGUUAAGUGGGCAGGCGCCUUUAUUGAAGAAUUUUAUUUUCCCUUUAUAUAUGUAUGUACAUUACGAAAGUCAUGGAGUUGUAAAUAUAGAGAAAUAUGGCGCGUCUCUCAGCAUAUAUCAGUACCAUUAUAUAUUUGUAUUGUAUAAUUUUAUCAUGGAUCACAUAAGAGAAAUCACUAAAUAGUUUUGUUUAUACAUUGUCUACUAACACGCUGACGGGACGAUUGUGGAGGUGAAGUGUCGGCAUUAUGAAUGCUACGAAUUGUGUAAAAAAUAUUAAAAAACCUAAAAAAAG